AUGUUAUCAGAGCUCCGACAGGUUAAAGAGGCUACCAAUAGCUCCUCUUCUCAGGAGGACCACUCCGAAGGCACCAUUUCGCCCCCCUCAGUCUCUGGAUCAUCUAGCCCUCUCAGCAGUGUCUGGAAAGGCGAUGAGAUAAACGCGUCCAGCGGAGCUGGCUUAUUUCAUCACGUUGAUUCCCCUCUCUGUUCUCCCGAUAGCUCUCCUCGGAUUUCCCUCUCAGACUCAGCCAUCAGCAUUGGGCAUGUGUCAGUGCCGAUUCCCAAAGAAGCUGUCAAAUUAUACGCUCGGCUACUUAGUCCCCUCUCAGGCUCAUUGGAAGCCUCUUUCGACAACCAACCGUUUGCUGACUACCUUAUUGCGCGCAUGGAAAGGUUGACAAACUAUUGGUAUUUCAAGCCUACAGAGUACCAGAAACAGCAGCUGCGAGAUAACGUUCAUCGGCGCCUCAAUAAUACAAAAUUUUCCCGUUGGAUAAUGCUCGCGGGCACUGGUGCGAUUGAGUCGUUUCUCGCAGGCGACACGCCACAAAUGCAUCGUCAAGCCUCCUUGAUGGAGCGCAUAGCAGGCGCUCUGAAGGCUGAACUGACAGUUGACUUGGGCCCGCGUGAAACCCGUAACCGAUGGAGUGACUGGAUACAAGUCUCGCUCAUGAAGACCACCUUGAUUCCUGGUUUUAAUACGUAUGAAGUUCUUCGAAAUCUCGCACCCGUAUUCUUGCAGGUGGCUUACUCUAACCCGGCACUCUGGCCAAGUGGCUCGGACCUUACACGUGUCCCAUUGUGUAACAUACUUGGCUCGGAUGCCAACGAACUCUCAUACUUUGCGAUGAUCGAUUGCAGCUAUGCUAUGGCUUCAGGACUUCCUCAGUUAAUUGAAUACGAUACGAAUAUCUAUCAACAAUCGAAUCCCCUAGCUCCACAUCAAUGGUUGCAUAGCUCCCCUACCGAGCUCCAACUCAUACUUGCCGAUCAACUCGUGUCGCGACAAAUCGCCCAACGCACGGAGCUGGAGGGAUAUCGAGUAUCAGUUAUUGUCAUGGCAAUCGCGUCAUCCUGA